CUAUAUAUAUUUUUUUCCCUCUAACGAAACCCAUCGAAAUAAUCUAAUUCUCACCAGGGGCUGUGAACAGAAAGUCUAACGGAAGCAGUCAAGUGCUUGUGUCACCUGUAACAGCUCUGUAGCUUCAGCUUCUCUUUGUUUCAGCAGUAUUUGAUUAGGAAACCUAAAGUUAACCUCACUCGAUGAUAAACAAGGUGUGGUCUUAGUUUACGUUUAAGCCGUGACUGGAGUUGUGUAGUACGGAUCGCCAUUCAAAACAGUACCGGUAAAGCUGAAGUAAGGAUAUGGACUUGUACACUUAACAACAGAACACAACACAGGCAGACAGGCCCCUUGAUUGACUUUGUCGCGGACCACCCUGCUGAACUGGCAUCGUCGGAUCAGUUCCUCCUUUCAGAGAUCAAUGGAUUCCUUCUCACCUUGAGAGGCGAGACCAGCGGCCAAAUAAAGAAUUACCAACACAGAAGAGCUACAUUUAAUCAGCACAAGUAUGGCUGCAGAUCCAAAUUCAGGGCCAUAUUAUAUAAACUAUGGAUUCCAACAGGGACGGGACCGGCCCUCUCCAUACAGUGUAGCUGUAGCUCCUCCCCCGCAGUGUCUGCCUCCGCACCGCCCCUCAGCUGUGCCACACUACAGCCCUUCAGCUCCAACAUACACUCCCACUCCUCAACAAUACCAGCAGGACAGGCCUGCCUCUUCAGGCAGGAGGACAGCCUGUGUUGCUCUCAGUGUUGUUGGUGUGCUGUUCAUUUUGGGAGUGACAGGGUUUCUCAUCUGGUAUUUUGGGUUUGUAAAACGUUUAGCUGUUUUUGAUUCAACUCUCUGGCCCUCACUGUCAUCCUCACCCACCCCAGAAACAGUAGGUUCUAGCUGCGUGUUUGGUGUGCCCUGUGGGUCUUCAGGAAGCUGUGUGAGCUCAUCAAAGUGGUGCGAUGGUACACCAGACUGUCCACUUGGGGAAGAUGAGGAAAAGUGCCUCCGGCUCUAUGGAUCCAACUUCCUUCUGCAGGCCUAUUCCCCCACGAGCCAGUCCUGGAAGCCAGUGUGCACGGAUUACUGGAGCGAUAGCUAUGGCAAAAUCUCCUGCGAACAGAUAGGAUACAGCAGAGACACAUACUUACAGUUUGGAAAAACCAGUCAAAUCUCUGGUGGAUCCAAUGGGUUUAUGAAGCUGGACUCUAGUUUCAGUAACACAGGAGGAAAGCUCCAGAACAGGCUGACAAGCAGCAGUUCCUGUUCAACUGGAUCAGUCGUCACACUGCGCUGCAUAGGCUGUGGUGUUAAAUCUAAUCCCUCGACUCGGAUUAUUGGAGGGACAGUGGCCCGGGCAGGGGAAUGGCCAUGGCAAGUCAGUCUCCAGAUUAACAAGCAGCAUAUAUGUGGCGGCACCAUCAUCACCCCCUACUGGAUAGUGACAGCAGCACACUGUGUCGAAACGUAUUCUCGUCCUUCUUAUUGGACAGUUGUUGCUGGUUUGCUUAAGUUGACAGAAAUGCAGGCCGUCCCAGGAUCCUCUGUGUCCCUUAUUAUUGCAAACAAGAAUUACAAGAGCCAAACAAAGGACAAUGACAUUGCACUCAUGAAACUGACCAGGCCUCUUGCAUUUUCAGAUACUGUAAAACCAGUCUGUUUGCCAAAUGUGGGUCUGCAGGCAGCUCCUUCAAGUCAAUACUGGAUCUCAGGAUGGGGAGCUUCGAGAGAAGGAGGAGCCGCUAAUGAGGAUCUGCUGAUGGCCCGGGUCAGUGUUAUUGACCAGGACACCUGUAACAGUGCCCAAGUGUACAAUGGGUUGAUAACGAAGACGAUGAUCUGCGCUGGGGUUCUGCAAGGUGGAGUGGAUUCCUGCCAGGGUGACAGUGGCGGGCCAUUAGUUACCCAGGAGAACUCACUGUGGUGGUUGGUGGGAGACACAAGCUGGGGUUAUGGGUGUGCCCAGCGAAACAAACCCGGAGUGUACGGCAAUGUGACAUAUUUCCUGGACUGGAUUUAUCACCAGAUGCAGACCAACUGAUGAAGAAUAUUUAUAUGGCAUGGAUGGUAAUUCAGAGGGAAUAAGUGCAAUUGAAGACACUAGUUUUAAUAACAUUGUGAGCCUUAUUUUAACCCAAAAGAAAACAACAUAUAACUAUAUAUUUAUACUGGGAUCCAGAUUGCAAUAGACUGUAUUUUCUUUUUAAUCACGAUUUGCUUUGUAAAGUAUUGCUGAUGCACUGCCCGAUACAGCCACUGCGUUGCUGGGCCAGCUGAUUACAUGUGCACUCAUGAUCAAGACUCUUGUGAAGUCACUGAGAUCCUUCUGCUUUCCUGUUGUUGCUGAAUAGUUGCACACACAUCUCACACAGCUGCUGUCACCUGACACAUGUUCAGUUUACUUACAUGCGCCAGUUUUUCUGACUGUAUGUACUUUCUACUUUUGUUUGGGGGUACAUAAAUGUUUACUAUUGUUUAGUAAAAGGGGGUCUUACAAAAAUGUUUGUCCUUGUGAGUGCAAGUCACAUGUCAAAUUGAAUCAUGUGACUAUCCAUUUUUUAAACUGUACUGUAUAUGUAUUCAAAUGUGAAUGUAUUUAAGUACAAAUCUGUAUGACUAAAUGUGGAUGAUUCUGUAUUGUUUUCGUAUGAUUUGUUUGUUUGUAAACAUGCAUUAUAUUAGUACACUUUUAA